ACUUCUAGAAGCGGGACUGGGCGCCGUGGAAACUACCGGAAGCUUAUUAUAUUUUUUGCAAAGUAAUUAAAACCGAAAGACUCACAGGAUUUUAUAUACGUGUCUAAGGGGAGUCAGCGUUGUCUGUUUUUAUUAAAAAUAUAAAACAAUAAUAAUACAAAUAAUUUUGUUGUGGACUUAGGUGUUGGAAAGAAGACAAGGCUGGAAAAAAUGGAUGAGUGUGUGACGGUGAUCACCAACCCAGUAGUGUCUGUGCGUCUGACCAGCACUCUCAGCUCUUUCGAAGUAAACCGGAGAUUUAACCGAGGGAUAACCAUCGCAGAGUUUAAGAGCAAGUUGGAGCUCGUCAUCGGAUGCCCCGCAGCCUCCAUGGACCUCCAGUUGUUCAGCUCUUCAGACAAGUUCUUGCAGAACCUUGAGGAUAACGAGGCUCUGUUAGGUUCCUACCCUGUAGAUGAUGACUGCAGAAUACAUGUUAUUGACCGCAGCGAUACUCUAUCUGGAGCAUUCAGCGAUUUGUCCAAAGUGGAGAAAUUUGAGAUUUCUGAAGACGCAUAUGAGAAGAGAGCAGACUCAUUGCGAAACUUCAAAAAGAACAUGAAGAUGGGUCGCUUUAAUGAAGAGAACAUGGCUAAGCGUGAAGAGGAGCUUUCUCAGAAAGAGGAAGAAGAGAAAGCUGCAUUAGCUUUGAUCACGGUUGGCAAGCGGUGUCAAGUUCAAGUGGCUGGUCAGCCAUCAAAGAUUGGCACAGUUAUGUUUGUGGGUACGACAGACUUCAAACCAGGCUACUGGGUGGGUGUGAAGUAUGAUGAGCCACUGGGAAAAAAUGAUGGCAGUGUGAACGGCAAGAAAUACUUUGAGUGUGAACCAAAAUACGGUGCGUUCGUGAAGCCUCUAUCCGUGAUUGUGGGAGAUUUUCCAGAGGAUGACUACGGUCUAGAUGAGAUGUAGGCUUAUCCUUGCCAUGGUAUAAUAAGGUAUCAGGCAGAGGGAAAAAAAAAAAGAACAAAACAGGACUCUGGUCAGUCCAUUGUUAUAGCCUUUCAUUACAAGGGAUUUUCCUGUUGUUAUGGCCAAUCACAUUUUAGUUACAUGCUUGUCCUGAAGAGACGUAAAAAGUGGCCUUUCUACAAAACUCUUAAUGGACAUUUAGCAGUAUGUGUUCACAAGUUAAACAUCAUCUUCAAUUACAUCGCUAUUGCCCCUGGCAUUGUUUAGCUCUUAAUGUGAGGACAUGAGUAGAUGUACAUUAGUUGUCUGACAUAUCAGCCAAGACAGAAUUAACGGAUUUUGUUUUCGCUCCAUUUUGAUUGCGAAUAUUUCACGUCUCAUUUUCUGUCUCUCCCCAUCUCUUCGUAGCUGCUUUUAACGAAUGGCGAAAUGCAUUAGAAGAGAUAGCAUAACAAUUGUUUGGGAUGUUAAAAUUUUUUAUUUUCACUCUCAUGUAUAACAUGUAUAAAUGUUAUUGCAAACUAAUAGUCAUAUUCAUCAUUUUCUUUUAUUUAAAAAAAAAUUAACACUGCA